AUGAAGUUCAGAACUGGCCAUUCACCUCUCUUGCUCCUCCUGCUACCCUCGCUGGCUGUCGGCGUGUCGCCCCGUGCCGUCGCCGCGCCCAAGGAUGACGAGUCCAGAUCCGUCUCUUCCUCUCGCGACGCCGACGAUGCUACUCACGUCGAAGCAGCUGGUGCAGGCCGACAGCUCGUACCUAACAAAGACGCCCCCGUGGAUGGCAAGGAUGGAAAGCCUCAUCUCGGCCCCUUUGUCGACACCGACGGUGUGGCCGUCGAUGCAAAUGGCCAGACGCUACCGCCAUUAAAGGGCCGACCCGACGAUCCGACCCUGGUGGACGGACAGAAAAUUCCCAAGACGAACGAUGGGGUCAUGUUCGAUAAGAACCGCGACAGACCUGAGAAGGGAAUCUCAACGGGUACCGAAGGAGGCGUCACCGAGAAGUCCAAGGCGCGCAAGGAACAGGAAGGAAAGACGGGCGAAAAGGUCCUCACACAACCAGAGUCUCCGAAAGAGAAGCCACCGCUGCCACACAGCGAAGAGCGAAAGAUGCGUGGCGGCAAGGAUGAAGAGACCGACAAGACGAAACUGCACGCUCAGAAGCAGGAGGGCAACACGGACUACACAGGUCUCGAUAAACCCGACGGCCUGCCCGAUACGCCCGACAAGUCCAAAUCAUCGGCAUCAGCAACAAAAGACUCGCUCGAGCCGCCGCCAUCAAAACAAAACGGCAAAUCCCAGUCUAGACCCCAUGCCGUCCCGGAAGAUAAGGAUGAGGGCAUUAUCCAACCAUUCCAUUCAUGGCUGCUAUCCUUUACCAUGAUACUUGUUUCCGAAGUUGGUGACAAGACUUUUCUGGUGGCUGCACUGAUGGCCAUGAAGCAUGAUAGAAUGGUGGUGUUUUCUGCUGCGUUCGGCGCCUUGCUUGUCAUGACCGUCCUGUCCGCAGUUCUGGGACACGCCGUACCAACCCUGGUUCCAAAACGCCUCACCAGUUUCCUGGCAGCGGCCCUGUUCUUUUCUUUUGGCGCCAAACUUCUCAACGAGGGCAUGAGGAUGGACCCCAGCGAAGGCGUUUCGGCCGAGAUGCGCGAGGUAGAACAGGAGCUCGCAGAAAAGGAAAAGGAGAUGAGCAACGGGCAUGGCAAUAUUUCCGCGUACAACCUGGAAAUGGGCCUUGGUGGCAGGAAUUCUCGGUCCAAGAGUCGAUUCCCUUCACCGCCUCGAUCACCGUCACAAUCCCCGUCACGCAGCCCUCCCCGACGCUCCGGAUCCAUGGGCGGCUUUGUUCAGGGAGUUGGUAACCUCUGCUCGCUGCUCCUGAGCCCGGCCUGGGUCCAGACAUUUGCCAUGACCUUUUUGGGAGAAUGGGGUGAUCGCAGUCAGAUUGCAACAAUAGCCAUGGCUGCCGGCCAAGACUACUGGUGGGUGACCCUCGGCGCGACGUGCGGACAUGCCAUUUGCACCGGUGUGGCUGUCCUUGGAGGACGAGCCAUUGCCGGACGGGUCAGCCUGAAGAUUGUUACCGUCGGCGGGGCCGUUGCCUUCCUCGUCUUUGGCUUCAUUUAUUUCCUCGAGGCUCUACACGCCUAG